GGAAAACUCUACUACCACGCGACAAACAAGCUGAUCUUGUCCAGGACUGUCCAGCCACCUCGACAUCAGUUCUCUAUCCAGCCUGACCUAAUUGAUAACCUGGUCUUUUAGCCGUCACUGUCAUCUUGUAUCCAGCCUUGACAAUUGUUUCGAUUCAAGAUGCUCAAGAGACAGCUCCUGCGACAAGCUCGAGCGUGUCGCGCUGUGCGGCCCUCCUCUUCUCCUCUCUCCAUCCUCACAUCUGGUGCCGCCUUGAGGCCUUCUGCAACAUGCAAGCCAGCUGUCUUGACGGCCUCGAUUGGCCGCCAGAUCCUUGCGCGUGCCUAUUCGAGCGCUUCCGCCGAGGCCCCCAGCAGCAACACCGCAGGCUCGUCUGACCUGAUUACCCGCUUCGACGAGCUGUCAUCGCUCGGUGUGCACCCAAAUAUCCUCCGCGCCAUCACCGACGAUAUGCAAUACGUGAACAUGACGGAUGUCCAGGCCAUGAGCAUCAACCCCGCCCUGCAGGGAAAGGAUAUCGUCGCUCAGGCUAGAACCGGUACCGGCAAGACCCUCGGCUUCCUCCUCCCGACCAUCCAGAGAAUCAUCCAGGCCGACCCGCAGCUUGCGACCCGCGGUGGCAGCACCACCAGGGCCAAGUCUGACGACAUUCGCGCCAUCAUCAUCUCGCCGACCCGCGAGCUGGCAGAACAGAUUGGCGCUGAGGCCAGGAAGCUCUGCCGACACACGGGCGUCAUUGUGCAGACGGCUGUUGGUGGCAUGAACAAGAAUAUGAUGCUGCGGAAGACCAAGUUCGAGGGCUGCCACCUGCUGGUUGGCACCCCUGGCCGUCUCAACGACCUUCUCAGCGACGAGUACAGCCAGAUCGACGCCCCCAAGCUGUCCGCCCUUGUCCUUGACGAGGCCGACCGCAUGCUCGAUGUCGGUUUCGACAGGGAACUGCGUGACAUCGUGGGCAUGCUGCCGAACCGGAGGGAGGUGCCCCGGCAGACGCUUCUCUUCUCCGCCACCAUUCCCAAGGAUGUCGUGUCGCUUGCGAGGACAUAUGUCGACCCUUCCAACUUUCAAUUCGUCCAGACCAUCAACCCCGAUGAGGCCCCCACUCACGAGAGGGUACCGCAGCACAUCCUCCCGGUGGCAGGUUUCGAGCACUUCAUCCCGGCCCUCCUGGAGAUCACCGAGAAGGCCCAGGCAGGCGAGCAUGGGCCCGAGCCCUUCAAGGCCAUUGCCUUCUUCAACAACACCGCCAUCGUGCAGAUGUACAGCGAGCUCCUCUACUUCCUUCCUCGCUACAACAAAUCGCUGCCCCCGACCUUCUCUAUACACUCGGGCCUGGACCAGAGGGCGCGCACCAGGGCUGCUGAUGACUUCCGGAAGGCACAAUCUGCCAUUCUCAUUUCCUCGGAUGUCACCGCUCGUGGUAUGGAUUUCCCCGGCGUCACACACGUCCUCCAGUUUGGUGUUCCUCCGGAGCGGGACCAGUACAUUCACCGACUGGGCCGGACGGGUCGGGCCAACAAGUCGGGCCAGGGCUGGCUGAUCGUGCGCAGGGAUGAAAUCCCCAACGCACGCAGGGUUCUGCCCGGCCUGCCCAUCAAGCGCAAUGACACCAUCGACAGUGUGGCAGCGGCCAACCACUGGGUCCAGACCCAGGCUGGCCUUCGUGAGCCGCCUACGAUCCCAGCCAAACUCGCAAGGGGCACACCCGGCCUGGAGCGGAUCCCGGGUGUCACGAUCGGGGCGGAACGCCGGACGUCUGGCAACAAAUCGAUGUCUCGAGGUGGCGGGUUCGGAGGCCGGGGAGGCUUCGGAGGCCGGGACAGCUCGGACCCCUUCUCUGCCAUGUCCAGAGGCCGCUCCCGCGACGACCGGCCCUCGCGAGGCCACCGUUCUGCUUUCUAGGUGUGGUGAAGAGCACAGGGAAGGAUUCAAAGAUUUGCCCCAUGAGAGCAGCUGCAGAUAUGGCACGUGCUUCCUGCCACGCACGGUCUUUUUCCAGCUUGUGGGUGUCAACACCUACCUAGGCGAGCAACCCUACCUGAGCGAGUGGGGAAGCCACACAGAUCUAGCAGCAGGAUGACAACAACCGACGAAGAAGAAAAAGAGAGAAGACACGUGCGGAAUGAGCAUACGAGAUUUCGAUGUCGGCAAAAGUGCUCAACUUUUAUUGAGGGUCUCAUGUUUCCCAUGCUGCACGAGGCUGGCUGCUACGGGGAGCUGUUGAGGGCUAUGGGGAAAGAGAAGCGUGCCUAACUAAAAGAAGGGAGAAGGAGAGGAGGGGGGAAAAAAGGCACCUCUAUCUUUCUCCUUGCAUCAUGACGGCGUUGGUCUUGUUUUGGUUUUCCUGCUGCACCCCCUUCGUUGAUCUCUUCCUCUCUUGCUUUUUUUUUUUUUUAAUUGGGACCUCGGCUGGAUGGAAAUCUCCCCUUUAUUUUCUUCUUUCAAUUCUUCUAGAGUUCACUGUAUCAUGAUAAGUUGGAGAUGUAGCGGAAGGGGUCAAGAAAGGGAAAGAAUGAGGGAGAUUAUGACGAAGAAAAUUAGAUGGCGGAUGUCCUUGGUGUGUAGUAUGUAGUUGUGUACCAGAGGAAUGACAAGGAAAGCAAGAGAAUU